AGUUAAUCGAAAAAUAGCUUAUUCUACUUCUUCUAACCAGUGCUUUAUCGUGACUAACGGUCAAGUUGUGUUAUUUUUAAAAAUUUAUUGUUAAAAAGUUUAAACCUUAAUUCCAUUCUUAUUAACUUUCAUCAUGAGUUCAUGGUAUCAGAAUGAAGACGAGGAACAAGUUUUCGACCCAACUGCCAGCUUAAGACUUGUUAACCAGCUCUUCGCCAAAGAAACAAUGGAAACCAUGAUUAAUAAAGAUUUCUAUGCAAUGGAGUUUAAUAUUAGUUGCAGGACUCGCAGCAAUGUUUUUGUUCCGAUCGAGGUUGGUAUUGUUAAAUUCAGCAUCAAAGAUGGAAUUAAAGAUUCCUAUCACGACUUUAUCCAUCCUGGAAGGGUACCGUUGGGCUAUGCAGCAACAGCAAAGGAUCUGUAUCUAAAUUAUCAUGGUAUACCGGUACAUGGAUUCACCGUGAAAAAUUACAAUUUAUUCUUGGAGAACAGUCAAAAAUCAUCUAGAGCUGAUGACACGGAAGAUUAUCAUACUGCUAUAAAAGAGGCUAUCAAAAGAAUUGAUGAAUUUGUAAAACCUGAUGUUGUUUACAGAGAAGCGGAAAGAGGCAGACCGGGAUUGGAUGUUCGACCUGUUUUUAGUUAUCCCACAGAAGAAGCCGGAGUUGUUCAAACUGAUGGAUGUCUUCGACGAUUGGCCUCGGAAGCUAAAAACUUGUCGUUCUAUGAAGGUUUCCAAGUAAUGGAUGUCGUUCACAUGGUCAAAUUUGCGUGUCGAUUGAAGUCUGAGAGUGCAGAUCGAGCGUAUGCAAUUUUCAAGGAUAACUUUAAUAAAAAAAUCCUCCUUCCACCUGCUGAUGAAUGCUGUGAAUACCACAAAGACAUAGGUACCUUUAAUUGCGCCCGAAACUUAGCAUAUACUGUUGCUUACUGUUUUCUGGAUUUUGUAUGUCCCAACUACCCUGUAAAAAUAACUCCUGCACAUUUACCACCUCCUAUUGGUGAACCAGAAUUUUGGUAAAAACCCGUGGCGGCAAGAAUCUUUCGUUCGAAUUUAAAUGAAAUCUCUUUUCAUUUUCUUUGAAUUCAUUCCUAGUUUUGUAUUCGACAUUCUCAUCUUUCAUUUAUUCAUUCAAUUAAACUUGAUUUU